AUGCACAGGAAAGUCAUACUUGUCAUAGGCCCUUCUGGGACGGGAAAGACGAGAGUAAUGCAUAGACCAUUCGGAUAUGCAAUCCUAGUCACUAACGGAUCAUCCGAUUUAUACGUUGCAGAGGGUAUAGACCUCGAAGGAAGCACAGCGCAAGUGCAGUCUGUAGACGUCGUCAUAGAUGGUCAAACCGUACGAAUCAUCGACACUCCAGGUUUAGACUCGGACGAGGGUGGCAAGGUCAAGGGAGAUCUAAUCCGACUGUUUCGUGAACUGUACAAGGGGCAACACGAGAUCGUCGGAAUCGUUUAUAUGCACGACAUCAGCCAAAACCGCGUUGGCAAGUCUGUUGUGGAGAGCUUCGAAUGGCUAUUCGAGAAAUGCGGGAAGGCUGCGAUGCGGAACGUCGUCAUUGCGACCAAUAUGUGGUGGACCGCGGAUGAUCCCGGCCGAAUAGCAGAGGGAGGGGGCAGAGAAAGAGAGCUCCGCUGGGGAAAUCCUUGCUACAAACCUGCGCUCGAUCAGGGUGCCUCGCUCGUCCAACACAACAACACAGCGGAAUCGGCCCUGCGCAUAUUACGGCAGUUGAUGGGCAAGGAACCGUCGUCUUGAAAUGUCAAAAGCCCGCUAUCGACCGUGACGAGCAAGACAGACAAAGCGUGAGCACCGAGAGGACAUACGUGAACUCGGUGUACAGCGAGAAGAUCCGGAAGGAGACGGGGUGUGGUGGAUGUUUCUCACUUCUGCGAAGAAAUCGGCGGUAGAUUCAGAGCGGCUCAGCAAGGAGAGACGGAGAGAAGCAGGGAGAGGUGUGGUAUAGACGAAGGCAGACUCGUAGACAGCGUUGCGCUGGGUGGUGGCAGUAGUAUUAGAGUUACCCGGUCCGGGUUGGGUCCGGGUACACAGACAUUCUUACGUACGGUGUGAGCGGGCCGGUGCCGGCCCGCUCUCUUGCUCCCUUCCUCGACCGAGUCGGAUUGCAUGGCACCAUCACGCCCACCAACAUACUUAUGCAAUGCUCGUCCCUACUCAACUACGACGCCUGCCCUCUCCUAGUGCCUCCCUCGUUCGUGGUGUGAAACCGUUUACUGCCACAAUU